AUGACAGGUCCUCCUUUUGCAGAGCCGCAGUCCACGGUCCAAGCACUCGACGAAGAUGCUGUCAUUUGCGUUCAAGAAGGUGACAGUGCAACCAACAAAGUGAGCCAAGAUAUCAUUGACUUGUCCGGACCCAGUACGGCGACUCUAGUUCGGAAAAGAAAGGCUCUUCCACAAGUUAUCCAGCCGCAAAAAGGUCGCCGUCAGAAUCUGCCUCUGACCAAAUCAAAAUCGCCACCAACUAAUCGCCAUCCCAUAGCACUGGAUACCUCUUCGGAUGAUGAAGACGGAUCACUGUACACGUCCGACGAUCUCGACGCCAAAGACAGAAAACACAAAGAUGCACCUCUCAAAAAAGAAAAGCUGUCAGAGAAACAAGGUACUGCAAGUUCUGCAAAACAACCCGUAAAACAACCGAGCGAUCCUACACAUUGGACACCCGAAAUGGAGCGCUGGCUAUGCGAUGGGUAUCUCGAAUAUCAAAAUGAUCCAAAGCACAUCCACGCCAAAGUGGCCAGAUAUAUCAUGAACCGUAUGCCAAAACUCGGUGGGACGAGGGUUGCCCAAAAAGCACAGACCCAGAAAAUGCAAAAAAAGUAUCCCGAGUUGGCGGAGGUGAUGAAAAAACUCAAGAGCAUGGAAGGGAAGCUUUUGUAA